AUGUCCGAUCCACUACCGCCCAUGCAGCAGCCUCCACAGCAGCCACCUCCGCAGCCGGCCCCGCAGCCGCCUACGGAGCAGCCAUCACAGCUGAUCACACUGCUGGGAGAGAUGCUGGGGCAGAUCACGGCAAUACACAGCCAGCAGACGGCAACAAAUAGACGGCAUCUGGAGGCACUCCAGAACCAGGCGGGGAAGCAGAACCAGCUGCUGGAGGGACUGCUGGCCCGGUCGGGGGCACAGUCUCCAUCCCCUCCAUGCUCCUCCUUUUCCGGCAUCACCAUGCACCGGAUGGCAGCGGCGGAUGACCCCCAAACCUUCCUCGAAAUGUUUGAGGCGACGGCGGAGGCCUGUGGCUGGCCGGCGGCGGAGUGGGCCGUGCGCCUGCUUCCCCUGCUGUCGGGAGAGUCCCAGACUGCGGCGCUCGGCCUGCCAGCUUCUGCUCGGGGGGAGUUCCGGAACGUCAAAAGAGCCAUCCUAGACAGGAUGGGUUUCUCCCCCGAGGAUCACCGCCGCCGGUUCCGGUCCGCCACACUGGGAUCCUCUGACCGUCCAUUCGUCUUUGCGCAGCAGCUGAAGGACGCUGCCACCAGGUGGCUGCAGCCGGGGGGAUCCAGCGGCGAGAGGCUGAUGCUGGAGCAGGUGGUGCUGGAGCAGUUUGUGGAGGGGCUCCCGACCGGGACCGCGGAGUGGGUGCGGUGCCACCGACCGGCGGGUUUGGAGGCCGCCAUCACCCUCGCAGAGGAUCAUCUGGCUGUCCACGGGUCCAGCCGCUACGGGUGCCGCUCUCGGCCCACAGGGGGUUCCUCAGGCGUCAGGGCAGGAGUGUUGGCGGUGCGGGCAGCCCGGGCAUUUCCGCAGGGAGUGCCCUCUCAUGGAGGUCGGGCAGGUGAUCCGGGUUGCUGGCCCACCAACACCCUCCCCGGUCCAGGAGGGACAUACAGCGUCCCGACUGACGCUUCGAACAGAGGGCUGGGGGCCGUUCUGUCCCAGCAGGUGCAGGGUGUCGACCGCCCGGUGUUAUACAUCAGCCGGAAGCUGUCGGAGAGGGAGUCUCGGUAUAGCACGAUCGAGAAGGAGUGCUUGGCGAUCCGGUGGGCGGUCGAGGCUCUGCGUUAUUACCUGCUGGGGCGCUCGUUCACCCUCUGUUCGGACCAUGCCCCCCUCCAGUGGCUCCACCGCAUGAAAGAUGCCAACGCCCGGAUCACUCGGUGGUAUCUGGCCUUACAGCCGUUUAAAUUCAGGGUGGUCCAUAGACUGGGGCGCAGAUGGCCGUGGCCGACUUUCUCUCCCGCUCCUAUGGGGGGGGGAGUAGGUUAG